CUUUGCCAAUAGAUAGGGACAGACACUCCCUCACCCCUCUUUAGGGCUCUGGGAGGCAAGUCAUUGCCGGGAAGCUCCUGGCCACUCCUGCCCGGAUUCCCCGCCCACCUCUCCUUGUCUGCUGGCCUGGUGACCUGGUCUGGCUGAUUUCCCAGAGAAGGAACUGCUGUUCCUGGGCAAGCCAACAGCCUCUGGGAGCACCUACACGGUAAGGUCCUUGGCCUUGGCUGGCCCAGGGGUGCAGGGGAACUGGCAGCAUCAAGGAACCACGCGGAUGUGCUCUGAUGAGAGUGCUUUCCAACCGGCCCGGUUCCUACUGCUGGUGGGUGUCCCGGUGGCGAGUGCCCUCCUUCUGGUCCAGUGCCUUCGAUGGCACUGUCCUCGCUGGCUGCUGGGGGCCUGCUGGAAGCUGGAUAGCCAAGAGGAGCCAGUAGCCCAUCCCACUCCCCUACCGGAAAAUGAGUCCUCAAGGCAGUGUGCACCGGCCACACUGCCAGAGAUGGCCGCCUUCUACCAGGAACUGCACACACCCACUCAAGGCCAGACCAUCAUCCGUCAGCUGAUGCACAAGUUGUUGGUGUUCUCGGCUCGAGAGGUGGAUCACCGUGGUGGCUGCCUGAUGCUCCAGGAUAUGGGCAUCUCUCUGCUCAUCCCACCAGGAGCUGUGGCUGUGGGCCGCCAGGAGAGGGUGUCCCUGAUCCUGGUGUGGGACUUGCUGGAUGCCCCAUCACUGUCCCGCGCCCAGGGGCUGGUGAGCCCUGUGGUGGCGUGUGGCCCCCAUGGGGCCUCCUUCCUGAAGCCCUGCACCCUCACAUUCAAGCACUGUGCCCAGGAGCCCAGCCAUGCUCGUACCUACAGCAGCAACACAACCCUGCUCGAUGCCAAGGCCUGGAGGUCCCUAGGGCGGCCUGGGGCCCACACCUCCAGGGACGAGUGUCGUAUCCAGCUUUCCCACUUCAGUCUCUACACCUGUGUGCUGGAGGCGCCUGCGGGCCGGGACGCCCGCAAAUGGCUGCAGCUGGCUGUCUUCUGCUCACCGCUGGCACCAGGGCAGUCCCACCUACAGCUGCGCAUCUACUUUCUCAACAACACACCCUGCGCCCUGCAGUGGGCCGUGACCAAUGAGCAGCCCCAUGGGGGGCGCCUGCGUGGGCCCUGCCAGCUCUUCGACUUCACAGGGGCCCGCGGGGACCAGUGCCUGAAGCUCAAGUACAUCUCUGAGGGUUGGGAGAAUGUGGAUGAGAGCAGUUGCCAGCUGGUUCCCCAUCUCCACAUCUGGCAUGGAAAGUGCCCCUUCCGUUCCUUCUGCUUCCGGAGAAAAGCAGCCAAUGAGAAUGAUGACUGCUCCACACUUACCAGUGAGAUCAUCGUCACCAUGCACACUUUCCAGGAUGGCUUGGAGACCAAGUACAUGGAAAUCCUCAGAUUCCAGGCAUCAGAGGAAGAGUCCUGGGCGGCUCCACCCCCUGUCUCUCAACCACCCCCGUGCAACAGGCUGCCCCCAGAACUCUUUGAGCAACUGCAGAUGUUGUUGGAACCGAACAGCAUCACUGGCAAUGACUGGCGUCGGCUGGCCUCCCACCUGGGGCUCUGUGGCAUGAAAAUCCGAUUCCUGUCCUGCCAGCGCAGCCCGGCCGCAGCCAUCCUGGAGCUAUUCGAGGAGCAGAACGGCAGCCUGCAGGAGCUGCACUACCUCAUGACCGUCAUGGAGCGGCUGGACUGCGCCUCGGCCAUCCAGAACUACCUGAGCGGGACGCACAGCGGUAGCCCGGCGCCCGUCCGCGGGGGCGCCCAGGAGAACCAGGGCCUGGAGCUGGACGAGAAGCUCUGAGCGGCCCCAGGCGGCGGGGCGGGCCGCAGUCCGCAGCACUCUGGGCCCCGGGGGGCCCCUGACAUUGAGGAAGCAUGCAGCAGGUGCUCCUGGUCCUGCCCUUCCAUCUCAUCAGAACCCUGCGACAGUGCCUGCGGCCACCGCGAAGCCCGGGUGCGGUUCAUUGCCCGCCUCCUCCACAAUUGCGACCCGCCUGGUCCUGCGAACAGGUCCUAUCCUGGCCGGCAGGGGGCGCAGGAGCCCAGCGGAUGGUCAGGCCUGCCGGGCCUUCGGGAAACUCCUUGACCAGUGGACUGGGAGACUGCCCUGUUGGCACUCCUUGCGGACUGGCCAGUCCACUGGGAUUCUCUGAGCGCUUCGUGACACCCAGCAUCGGAGUGGGUAUCACGGGGUAGAGGAGAUGGGGCUUGGAGCUGGACAAACCUGCAGUGCUCUUUUGGGAGUCAAGAUGCACCCACGGGCUGAGGGUCAACGCCAAAAGGGCAGUGCCCUGUGGUUAGGACAUGUGGGCAUGGGAUGAACAGACGUGUUUUAGGAGCUGAGAGGGGAGGCAGCAUAGUGUGGGCUGGAGCAGUGAGAAGGCUUCAUGGAGGAUGCUGGAGAGACAGUAGGGACAGUAAGGAGUGGUUCAGCCAUCUUUGGGUGAGGCCAGAAGGGGACGGUGGCUGGACUUACAGUAGAAGCCAGAAGUGAGCAUGGGUGCUGAGGUGUUAAGGAGCUGCCUAGUGGGUGUGAUGGGAGGGGAGGACCAGGGUUCAAGGUCAGCCAUGCCUGGCUGUCCACCCAUCUCCUUUGUCUUCCUUUGACUCUGCCUUCCCAUCCUUGCCUCGUCUUCCUCUCUCUCUGUUAUUAUCUCCAUCAUAAAACAUCAAAAUGGAAAAGAAACUUCAAGAUGAACGCUCGUGCCCAAUAUUUUUAACUGGAACUGUGUGAGUUUUCAGUCUCUCUGUCUUCAUUUUGCUGCCACCAUUUCGUGCAGCCUCUGCAUCCCCGAAUCUGUCUCCCCGUUACUCUCUGUCUUAGCAUCUUCCCGACCCUGCAGAGUCACUGUGCCUGCCUUUGAGGGUUUCCUUUACUCCGUGAACCCCCCUGUCCUUCCCCUCAGGCAGCUUUAAACCAAUGUUAUGUAUCAAAAGCAAUGAAAAGACCCUGGGCUACCCUAUGAAUGAGUGGGGAGGAUUUUACCCCAUGAAUCAAGAUCCAGUUUAGGGUCAGGAAAUAAACAAUGGGGAUUAAAGAAUACACCAUUCAGUCAGUGAAUAUUUAUUUACCCCCUACUAUGUGUUAGACUCUGUAUAGGAAAGAGAUUAAUGGGCUGGGGCCUGGGAAGAGAAUAAAGGAUUUGACUCAGUUCUAGUAAUACUUUUGUUUGCAAGCAGGUGUUGUUAAUUUUUUUAAGGGCAGGCAAACAAUCUCUUUGGCAACACUAAUGCUUUGCUUUUGUAUUUAAUUAAAAGAUAUGAAAGCUUUUUCUAGAGUAAACAAUAUUGUAUAAUAAAAUAUGAAAAUUACCUUUCUUCGUUAUUAACUGUAUUUUGCUCAAAUUGAUAAAUUUGGAUAUGGGUAUGAAUGGUUUUAUUUGGUCAAAUUACAGUGACGGGGGCUGGUUGGAAGGAAGCGUUUUGUAGAUUGUGCUUCCGGAAUGAAAACUGUCUGGGUUCAGAGUGGUAAAUUAGGGAGGUUCACUUCCCAUUCUGUUAGAAGUGAGCCUUCAGAGUGGGGCCCUUCCACCUCCUCCCUCUUCCAUUGUGUCCCACCCUCCUUGUUGGUGCCUUGGCUUUCCUUGCUUCCUUGGCUCAGGAUAGGGCUGCUGAGAGCAUCUUCCUCUCCUGGAGUCCAAGUCUCUUCCUUGCUCUUCAUACCAGCCCAAGGUAUCUUUAUUUCCUGUUCCUGCCUACCCUGGAAUGAAUUAUUUUAGGAGUUUCAGGUCUUCUGGAAUUGUGCAUUGAAGUCACAGGGGUUUCUAUGCUGGGACAGAAUGCCUUCUGGCCCCCCACUCUAAUUCCUCAGAAUGGGCUCCCAGUGCCUGGAAAGCCAUGCUUGGAAGUCUCAGGGGUAGGUGGCAGGCUGCCCCAUCUCUGGAGGAUGGAUCCUUCUUUUCUUAAAUCACACCUGCUUGGCAUGUAUUUGCCAGCACCCAAAGUCAAGGGCUGGAGUGCUGGGGGGGGGCGGUGGUGUUAGGAGACUUAGCACUCAGCCCUGUCUCUAGGCUAAUUAACCCAGCUCUCACCUCUCUAGCUCCAAACUCUUCAUUCCUGGAUGAAGUGACUUUACCUUUGGCCCUUUUCCUGGUAGGCCACCUGCCUGGUUCCUAAAACACUAAACUUGGGACUUCCGCUCUCACAUAUGUUGUAGAGCCCUCCUAAACUUCUUUGUGAGGGGUUUAGAGCUGGCAGAGGAAUAAGCAGGAAGCAUUGGCCUAGGUCUGUAGGCUUAGAGGCUCCAGUAUUCAGAAGUAACCUGUGUCUUCGGCACCGCAUCUACCUGCCGAGUGACACUCACACCAAUGUAUGGAUUCGUGGUGUCCAACAGAAAUAAAAGGAAAGCCAUAUAUUUGAUUCUGUGUUUUCUAAUAAUCAUACAUGCAAAAAAUGUAAAAAGGAACAGGUGAAGUCAGUGUUACUAUAUUUUGUUUGCCCUAGUAUGUCCAGAAUAUUAUAAUUUACCCAUGUAAUGGGUAAUAUAAAUAUAUUAAUGACAUACUUUACAUUAUUUUUUUCAUAAAGUAUUUGGACUCUGGUACAUAGUUUUAUAAUUACAGCAUUAUCUCGAUUUGUAUUGAACAUGUGCUAAAUUUUUGUUGGAAAUAUUUGAUCAAUAUUUAGCUUUCAUAAAAUUUACAACUGAAAAAGUA